CUUAAUCAAACAGCAGGAGGCCCAACAAAGAGUGACUUCAAGGAAAUAAAAGAAAUCAUUUUUGUGGUGCUAUAAAAAACACCAUAAUAGUUUUUCAGAGCAAAAGUUACAUCGCUGUUGUUGAUUUACGGUCGAUUUGUAUUCUUAGAACUUAAUGGAGUGGUUCCUGUGUAUGUCUAUAAAGUCAAACAAUUUUUUAUGACAGGCCUAAACUUCCUAUAGUAAAAAGUAACUAUUUGUGUAGAACUGUCUGGCGGCAAUAGUAUAUAUUUUCUAGUCAAAAAUGGAAGAGGAUCAUGUGGUAAACAUUGCGGUUCCGGAGAAGAAGCCAUGUGGCGGAAUCCAACCGCCGCUCAUUUACCAGAAACUGAUGGUGGAGAACCUGACCAUGAUCCGACCGCCCAUCCUGAAGAUCUACUACUGGGAGAGCUUCGACAUCUCUGGUCUGAAUAGAAAGCUGCGCUCUAACCGCGUAGAGCACGAACACACUUUCUCGGUCCCCAUCCGCCAGAUCCACAGUCACCCCCUGAAGAUGGUCUUUUGGCUGCGUAACCUCUCUCCAAAGAAUGCCACCUUGACCCUUAAACGAAUCCAGAACUGCCACUGCCAGCCUCUGCAGACCCAAGUCGGAUUCAACCAGUUUCGCCAGCUAUUCCACUGCCCGCACCGCAGACUGCUCCACAUCAACCAAGAGAUCCUGGCCAUUAAACCAGACGAGGUGGUGGCCCUCACUGUCACGGCCUUCUUCUUCCUCUACGGCGAGCACCUGCUCACCUACGAAGUUCACACCGAAGACAAACGCAAGUUUCUUUGGCACUUUCACCUGGAGAUCUCAUCCUUCGACCCCGAAAAGUGUCUGCUUUCCAAAGAGCUGGUGCCAGUAAACAUAAAAAACUAUUACCAUACAACGCAGCCUUUGUGGGUGCAGAAUAUCACGAUGUCCCACUUGUCGUUCUCGUUCGCUUCGAGGGAUCGGGGCCUCAAACUGCUCAAUAUGAAUCUCACCGUUCCACGACAGAGUGUGUGGCCCCUCCUGGUGGACUAUCGACCACUGGACUACGAAAAUGAGGCAGAAAUUAUCAUGUCCUUUGAUAAUGUCAAGGCUCGCUACAAGAUCAAGGCUCGAGGUGUCCUGGCAGACGAAAAGGAGCAAACGGAUAUGCCUUUGAAAGAACGCGAAUGUGCGGACUUCCUUAAUGUAAUCUAUCCCAAUAGGUUGAGUUUUGAGGUCUGCCUGCGGGAAGAUCGGACGCAACUGGUCAAUGUCCACAACUACGGACAGAAGUGCAUGGAGUUCCGCUGGCAGAGUUACAUAAUCAACGAGUUCUUCUCGGUAGUGUUCAAUCCACCAAUUUUCCGGCUCAAGGGCCACCACUCCAAGCUGUGCGAGAUCAAGGUGUCCGUGUUCGAGCGACUGGUGCACUUUCGGCGCAUUCCCAUCGUGUUGGAGGUGCACCGCAUCCUCGACCGCGCCACCCUCAUCGCCAAGCAGGAACUAGAGGAGGUCGAAUCCAUCGACGACCCAAAGUGGAAGGAGGACAGCUAUGUGGAGCACGUCUAUCUGCACCUGAACAUCCGCAGUACUCUGAAGCCCGCUCUGGACACCUCCGAGGAACUGGAGCCCGGAGAUAGAAUUGAUCCCACGGCAGGUCCUGAGCCCUGCUCACAAUUUGGUGCUGGAGCAGGCGGGGGAAUAGGAUCAGGAGACGGUCCUGCGCCACCAGCUCCGCAAACCGAAGAGCAGAGAAAGGAGGCCGAGCGCAAGGAGCUGAUCUCCCGACUGGUGGCCAAGAGCAAGCUCAACUCCAACGAGGUCAUCGAACUGAGCAUGGCCAUCGACCAGCGGAUCACCAUUUUCGAGAAGCUCUUCUGGAAGUAUCUCAGCAAGUCCAAGUUUAUGCGCAUCAGCGCGGAACGCAAGCGGCAGAAGGUGGUGAAGACCUACGAGCAAGUAAUAGCGCCCAAUGACACUAUUCCUCCGGAGACAACCACGGAAAUUGAUCGAAACCAUAUAAUCGAUAUAAUGUCCCGACUGAUGCAGGAGGCCAUCAACGACUUGGCCAAGAACUGGGUCUUCAUCCCGUCUCAGUACUACGAACGCAACCAUUAAGUGCUCCCGCCGUUAACUAAAUGCAUUGCCCCACCACCGAUUCGCCUGCAAUCCAUACCCGUUUCCCUGGUUUUUUUGGUCGGUUAAUGCAAUCCAUUCCAUUUUGGGUUGUCUACACCGCAAAAUUUAUGUAAGAUUUUGCAUGAGUUGAGAACCAACGCCUUUGCCUUCCGUUACGAACAUUCUGCCCAAUUUAUGUGUCUGUAUGCACGUUUUCCACGUAGACAGAGGGCGUGACAGGGGGUCAUUUCACGCGAGAAUGUGUUUUCGGCCCUUACUUUUAGUUUGUGUGGGUAGUUUUCCAAGUGGUCAAAUGGUUGCCUUUUCAGUUUCAUAUGCUCCCAUGUAACCUGACACUUUUCUUAUGAAUCGAUUCUAGUUUCUUGGUUAGUUCUUUUAAAAUUGAUUGAUCAAUUAAUUACUGAAAGCUGGGCUCAACAAUGUUGGUUCAAUCUAAAACUAUUAGUCCAUCCUAAUUAAAUUUGGACUCAUACAUAAGAUUUAUUUGAUCUCGCAAUGAGCCUCGCAAUGAGCCUCGAAAAAAGCCAAGGAAUGACCCCCGCACUUAGCCUCUUAAUGAGCCUUGCAAUAAGCCUCUCAAAGAGACCGCCAAAAGGCCUGGCAAAAAUGAUCGCAAUAAGACUUAAAGGAUCUGAAUUAUCCUGGCAAUUAGUAUGGCUAAAAACAUCGAAAUAAGCCUAGGAAAAGCAUUGAAAUAAGCCUGACAAUAAGCCUUGCAAUGAGCCUCACAAUAAGCCCGGUAAUAGGCCUGGCAAAAAGACUAAUACUAAUUCUGGAAAUAAGCCUGGCAAUAAGCCCAGAAUAAGCCUAGCAAUAAGCCAGCUAUAAGCCGAACAGUAAUCUAAGUAAACGCAUAGGAAAGAGGAUAGCAGAUAAGCAAAGUCAAAUAUUU